GUUGACAGAUAUGCCCUCCACUGAUCGGUCUAAUCGGUCGUCAUUUCUGUCUCUCCGGCUGAUUUUUCCUAUCCAUUUCGUCAGUUCGAUCCGUUUGCUGCCGACAGUUGGAAGACGGAAACCCGAGACCAGACGGUGGCAGAAAUUAAACCUAGUUUUACCGCAUAAGGUCGUCAGAGAUCGAUGAUACUUUGUUGAGUCGGUGCCACCUUGAGGAACACAUCGAGCCAACCCACCAUGACGUCGGAGUUAUCAUACGGCUGAGGUUGAUGAUCUACACAAACCAGAAUCUGCAUCAGUUCGUUCAUUGCUCUGUUGCAGGUGGAGGGAGGGAGAGCCCAGGGCUGCCUUAAUUUCUCCUAGCACGGGGUCCCAGUGACGGGGGCAUGUUCUCUGCCGUCAACGGCCUGCCGUCGGCCAUGGAGGACCAAUAGGUGCCUAAGGUUCAAAUUAACAUACAUGUAGGCACGACAGAGAUCUCAAAUUCCUCAGCAGAAACAUUUCUGCAGACGAAUAUAUUAAUGGGAAUUACGAUCUACACAAAGGAUUGCCUUGUUAGGCAAGAAAGGGCCAUUGACAAAUAACACGAUAAUGGCGUCGUAUCCGGGUCAAAUUGCCCUCAGAGGUUGUCCUGAGAUCCAAAUUGACCAUUUGACUGAAGUAUCAUUGAAGAAUCCGCAGUUGCAGAUGAUUAGACCAAUAAUGGCCAUUUGAAUCCCAAGGGAGGUCUUCAUACUCUUCUUCUUCAAUGGACAACCGAGAGAUCAGAACCAGAGCACCCCAGAGGAGAAGGGAAGAAGGAGGAGUCGAGGUUGGUUACUAAGUCGAAGCUCGUGCCUCGAAUAAGAAAUCCAACCAUAACUGAUCGACCGAGAGGAGGGAGAGGGCUUGACUUUUCGAUGGCAGACAUGACUUCAAAGGGAGCUGAUGAUGAGGAAAAUUGUAGAGAUAGCGGAGGCGGCGUGGCGAAUAGUGAGGGUGAGAACCAGAGUUGUACUUUGUGUUCAGAGACGUCCGGGAAUGGUGGGGGUUUCCGGCUUUAUCUGGCGAAGGACCUGAGGAUUGGCCUUCUGUUCGCGGGGCUAGCCGUGUCGUGCUUGCUCCUAUUCAAUUCGACCAAUCCCCUGAAGUUCUUCCCGACCUCGUACUACAGCUCCAUUGGCGCCGGCAGCCCCGUGGGCAGAAAGGUGCGCAGCCUGGACGUCGUCCUGAAAUCCGCAGCCAUGGAAGAUAGCAGGACAGUGAUACUGACCACACUGAACGAUGCGUGGGCGGAGCCCGAUUCCGUAUUCGACUUGUUCCUUGAGAGCUUCCGGGUUGGGAAUGGGACGCGCAGGCUCCUUGACCACCUCAUUGUGGUUGCACUAGACAAGAAGGCUUAUGACCGCUGCCUGGCCGUGCACCACCACUGCUUCGCCCUCACCACCAAGGGGAUGGACUUCUCCAGCGAGGCCGAAUUCAUGUCCACCGACUACUUGGAGAUGAUGUGGCGGCGGAUCGACUUUCUCAGGGUCGUGCUCAAGAAGGGCUACGACUUUGUCUUCACGGAUACGGACAUCAUGUGGCUUCGGAGUCCAUUCCCUCACUUCUACUCAGACGCAGACUUUCAGAUCGCGUGUGACUACUACCGCUUUAGCGCCGCCGAUAAGAGGAAUAGUCCAAAUGGCGGGUUCACCUAUGUGCGGUCCAAUAACCGCACGGUCGAGUUCUACAAAUUCUGGUAUGAGUCAAGGAAGUCCUUCCCGGGACAACAUGACCAGGACGUGCUCAACAAGAUCAAGUCUCACAACUUCCUCCAUUACAUCGGGCUGCAGAUGAGGUUCCUUGACACAGCCUACAUCGGCGGGUUCUGUCAGCUCUCGAGGGACCUCAACCGUGUAUGCACAAUGCAUGCCAACUGCUGCGUCGGGCUCGACAACAAGAUCCAUGACCUGUCCGCCCUGCUCGAUGACUGGAGGAAGUACAUGGCUUCGGGGACGGGUGGUUGGAGUGUUCCCAAGGCCUGCAGAGGGUCGUUUGGACGGCCGCACAAGCCACAUAAGCAUGACCUUUUUUGGAGACGUUAAGGUUUAUCUUCUUCUCUAGACCGUCACAUCAACAGAUAAGUGUGGCAGGAUUGGCGUAUUCCCUCCAAACUUAUCAAUGUCGAAGAUUUCUAGCUCGGUUUCUCUCCCGGUUCAUCAAUUGUCUUCUUCAACAAACUCCUUCUGUUUCUUGAACAUUGUCCGGAAGUCAUUAUCUAAAGCUGUUGUUAGCCUCAAACUACUGAUGCUCUCGGCAUCGAAUUCACACUGAAGGGUGCUGCAAUUUUAGAUGUUUCUUAAAAUAUGGAAUCCCAUAAAAGAGAAUAGACCAGUAGGGAUCUUUCUCGAGAUUCAGUCGCUGCAGUAAAUUCUGUGCAAAGAUUUUCUUCGAGCUACUUCGAUGUUCUGUAGAUGAAUUAUUUCACCAUAAGGCAGAGGAUUUUGUGUAGGACCAGAAUCCCGAUACUGGGAAUGUGAAGAAAAUUUUCUUAGCUGAUAUAAAAGCGAAACACAGCCAAAUCGAAUUCCA